AACCAACUCCCCCUUCCCUCAACACUGUCUAGCCUGAAGGAAUCAGAAUGAACAAGACUGUGGCCGUUAAGACACUGGAUCCACAACACCUGGGCCAGAACGGUGUGCAGCGAGUGGAGGUCGAGGCUGCAGACCUCAGUGACCAAGUCCCUGACACAGAGUCGGAAACCAGGAUCCUCCUGCAGGGGACACCAGUGGCCCAGAUGGCAGAGGAGGCCAUUGAUGGGGAGAGGCUGAAGCACCUCAUUGUGACCCCUUCGGGUUGUGGAGAGCAGAACAUGAUCGGUGUGACGCCCACGGUCAUCGCGGUGCACUACCUGGACCAUACAGAGCAGUGGGACAAGUUUGGCAUUGACAAGCGGCAGGAGGCCCUGGAUCUCAUCAAGAAGGGGUACACGCAGCAACUGGCCUUCAGGCAACCCAACAAGGCCUUCGCGGCCUUCCUGAAUAUGAAGUCCAGCACCUGGGGUGGCUACAGGCAUGCUGAGGAGAAAGAUGUGUCCCUCACAGCCUUCGUUCUCAUCGCGCUGCAGGAGGCUAAAGAUAUUUGCGAGGGACAGGUCAAUGUAAAUAAGAACCGCUGGGAGGAGCCUGGCCAAAGGCUCUACAGUGUGGAGGCCACAUCCUAUGCCCUGUUGGCUCUGCUGCUGCUCAAAGACUUUGACUCUGUACCUCCUGUUGUGCGCUGGCUCAACGAGCAGAGAUACUACGGAGGUGGCUAUGGCUCCACCCAGUCCUCCUUUUCCCAGAUUUCACAUGAUCAAGAGGACUGUGUAUCCUUCAAAGUUCACCAGUACUUUAAUGUGGGGCUUAUCCAGCCAGGGGCAGUCAAGGUGUACUCCUAUUACAACCUGGAUGAGUCUUGUACCCGGUUCUACCACCCGGAGAAGGAAGAUGGAUUGCUGAGCAAAAUCUGCCACAAUGAAAUAUGCCGCUGCGCUGAGGAGAGCUGCUUCAUGCACCAGUCAGAUGAGCAGGUCACCCCAGAUGACCGGCUGGACAAGGCAUGUGAGCCAGGAGUGGACUAUGGUAAGGAACGGAUGGGGAGACACACGUGCAGGUGUGAUUGUGUGUGAGUGAUGAUGUGUGUG